AUGUCUGACUCGGGAGGGGAUAAGCACCAUGAUAAUGAUGCCAUUGGGUCUUCUAGUAGACAACAGUCCUCUCCAAUGCCAACCAGGUCAGGUCCUGCUGUCACUGUGGGAGCCGAAUCCUGCAGGAGUGAUGCCCAUGUCAGUACGGACACUGCGAGAUUGCAAAAAGAGCGUGAGAAAAUGAAGCCAUGCACCAUCCGUACUAAUAGAGAGACCGAGCAAAGCAUGCCCACAGAUCCAGCGCCUUUGGCAGAACCUAGAUCGUUUGCUGCCGCUGGACAAAGAAAGCAGGGAAUGACCAGGGGAAGAUCACAGAGUCCCAAGCGAAGCACACGGGAAAACUCCAGAAUGAAGCUGUCACAGCGGGGUAACUUAGGCGAACGUCCCUCGUUGAUUCGAACUGCAUCAGAACCUCGUGCUUUAGCAGCAAAUGGCACUGUUUCUCAAGUGGAAGAACCUGAUAUUGCAACAGCAACCAAGUGCUUGAAUAGGGGCCAAACCAGCGCAACAACACUCGGAAACAAUUGCGACAAAGCAACCACAUCGACGGAUAAUUUGGAGACAACGAGGGAGAAUGCACGAGCAAAGAGUCCAAAAAGAAACCAAUCUAACUUCCCAUUAAACGGAUUUCGUAAAGCCAAAUCCAUUGAUACGAUAUCAUCAUCACCAUCACCAAGAACGAGAGGGCCCACUCUGAUGAGGAGCCAUUCACCCAAAUCACAACGACGUGGGCUACGACGUGACAGAUCGGUCCAUUCUCCUGUGAUAGUCGCAUCCUCGUCAUGGAAACAAACUGAUGACAAGAGAGCUAGGAUGUCCCCCAGGCCCAACCGAUCACCGACGUCAAGACGCGGACUGCGCCAUUCGAGGUCUUUAGAUGGUUCCCCCUUUUCUCGCUCCCGAUCGCCACUCAACCAUCGAUCGGCUACCAUUGGCACGAAACUUCCGGGUGCAGUGGCAUCGCAAGACAAGCAACAACAAAAGAAGACGAAACGGGGAGUAUCCACAGGCGAAAUUCAAGAAGAUGUCGUCCCCAAUUCGGAACCUUCCACGGGGUUGAUCAACAGCAGAGAAGUCCUUCCGGGGGCAACGUCCGUCGGAGAUGUAUCUCCACAACCACAACAAUCAUCAUCAAAGCAAGCGUCCAGGUCCCCCGUGAGUGCCAAGUCGCAGCAGCGUGGCCUUUCCAAAGGCUCCAAAAAACAAUCUGCUCGCAAUCAUGGAAGGUCUACCGAUGGUGAAGAGAAAGCAGCAGACACAUUUGAAGAUGAGGCGGAAGUCUGUCCAGAAAUUGGAGAGGAAAUUGAAGACUACCUAGAGGUUCGCGAUGAGAGUGAAGCCUCUCUAGAGGAUCAAUCUACCGGCCUUGACUCGAAUACCAGCGGUCAUGACAGCAGCAUUAGUGACCAUGACCGUGAGAGAGAGCCGCUAUUGACCGCCCAAGUGGAACCACAGCAACGAGACAGUAAAAGCUCGGAGCUACAGCCUCUCACGCCUGAAGGAGUUCUGGUGGAAGCCACACUGGUAGAGGAACCACCGCAUGACGAGGAAAGCCAGCAUGCAGCAGUCGUGGUGCAAGCUCACGCCGCCAGUCUAGCUGAUUUGUUGCAGAACAAGAGAAUGCAAUGCUUCAUUCUGGGCUUGGUGCUGUUGACAUCCAUAAUGUUCAUUUCAAUGUAUCUGAUCCUGUCAUCCCAAUUGCAAAGCAACAAUCCAGUGCCCACUCCGCCCUCUCCACCUACAAGUGAUGACUCCACACCAAUAGCAACGCAACCGCCAUCCCCUGCUAUGCAUACUGGAAACAUCUUUGACAACACUAAUAAUACUCCCAAGCCAUCCGCACCCACUGCAUCCCCAACCAGUGCUGCGGCAACCGAAGGACCUACUUUACCAGACACGCUCCUCUUGACGUUCUCGGACGAUAGCUUGCCCCAAGCGAAAGCUUUCAACUGGCUGAACAACCACCCAGACAAGGAUUUCCUGCCCAAGUGGCAGUAUUAUGAGCUGUUUGCUCUCGCAACAUUUUACUACUCAUUUGGAAAUGGAGAGGAAUGGCCAGAUGCCUACAAGCAAUCUGCCUCAAACUUCUUGAAUUACUCUGUGCCAGCGUGUGAUUGGGGUGACCUUCAAUGCCACGCCAAUGAGAGCAUCAAGGUGCUCAAGUAUGCUGGCCCGACAGAAGUGAAUCGACAAGGAUCAGAACGAUUGACUGGAACAGUCCCUACUGAAAUUUCCUUCCUUUCGAAUCUGGAAACUCUUGAUCUUCGUUUUCCCGGGGUGGAGAUUGAAGGGAUGCUCCCAACCACCUUGGCCACGCUGCCCAAUCUCUGGGAGCUGAGGAUUGAAGAUUUCACUGGGGAUUUGCCUUCCACUGUGCUUGGUUCAAUGCAACAACUAAGAACCCUUGACUUGAAAUCAGACCCCCCUUUUACAAUUACAACAGAGCUAUUACAGCUACCAUACUUGAUUCACCUACAAUUAACUUCACUGAAAGGCACAAUUCCAACAGAGCUGGGAUUGAUGACUUCUCUGACCUCUUGCGAAUUAAUAUGGGGUCUUGAAGGGUUUCUGCCCACCGAACUUGGCCAACUCUCACUUCUGGAGAAGCUUGCGCUGUAUGGCAAUCGACUAACUGGGUCUCUUCCAUCAGAAUUUGGAGAGCUCACCGCAGUAACCCACUUUGAUGUAUCUGAUAGCAAGCUCACUGGAUCCAUUCCUGAAGCUUUUUGGAGGGUAACAAACAUGGUCGUCUUGGACCUCUCCGGCAACAUGCUCACAUCCAGCAUCCCAGCAGACGCUUGGAAGCUUACGAAUAUAAAGGACUUGCGGCUCAACCACAACUAUCUCAAUGGAACAAUAUCGUCAGAGAUAAGCAACCUUGCAGAAAUGCAUACCUUGGCACUCAACUCAAACCAGUUGUCAGGUUUCAUUCCAUCAGAGCUGGGACUGGUGCCAAUCGUUCAUGAUCUCUCCCUUCAAUUCAACCAGCUCUCUGGUGUUCUCCCCACUGAACUAGGCCUUCUUGGACACAUCUUCCGGGGCCCCGAUGCAGGAAUCGAGACUUUGGACAUUUCCUACAACAGCAUCAGUGGUCCAAUUCCCAGCGAGCUAGGGGUGCUGAAAUUUGCUCAGAAACUGGAUCUUUCACAGAACCAGAUCACGGGAACGAUUCCAACAGAGUUGGGUCUUCUGUAUGCUUUGGGUGGUUCAUUGUAUUCGUUCGACGGGCUGGGUCUCUAUCUUGGUGGGAAUCAAAUCACAGGAAGCGUUCCUAGCAGUCUUUGUGCUCUGACAGUGAGCUUCGGAGUGUAUCUCGAGAUUGAUUGUGACAUGGGUUGCCCCGAUGACUGUACUUGUAAUUGUUUUGUUCAACUCAUCGCCGUAACUCCCGGCCCGAGCAACGAGCAAACGUUGGUUGGUGACCAACUGGAGGGCUCAACCAGCGAUGGAUCAAACCAAACUAUUCCCGACAAAGACACAUUGCUGGAGGCUAUCGAUGAGUGGAUCUCAAAUCGCACAUCGCCCUAUGGUCCAAUUGGUGAUUGGGAUGUUUCCAGGAUUAACAAUUUCGAUUUCUUGUUUGCUGGCAGGGAAGAUUUCAAUGACAACAUCAACGGAUGGGUCACUUCGCAAACUACAUCCUUGGUGUCUACAUUUGAAGGAGCCCAAAGCUUUGACCAACCACUGGAUUCGUGGGAUGUCAGCACAGUGGAGGAUUUCAGAAGAGCCUUUAGGGCGGCCUUUGCUUUCAAUCACCCUUUGGCGGCUUGGGAUGUAUCAAGUGCUACAUCCAUGCAAGAAAUGUUCCAGUUGGCCAAAGGUUUCAACCAAGAUAUCUCAAUGUGGAACGUCAGCACAGUGCAGUCUUUCAACAGCAUGUAA